GAAUCCCAAAUAUAAUGUAAAAUAAAUAAUAAAUCAUGACAUAAAGCAUAGAGUUUGACUGAAUAGAUCUGCACUUAUAGAUCAGGAACAUUGUCACUGAUACCCAAUCUAGAAUAUUUUUCAGUAUCAGGAUCAAUACAGUUAUUGAUAUCAGAUUGAUGCCGCUCCAGCUGAAACAGAGCUGAUACAGAUUCCUGAACCAGAACCACAGAAGAGAAAGACCCAUUCAACUAUCUAACCGGGUCAGAACGGUUCUAAUGUAAAGUUCUUCUGAUAAAUAGAUGAAAUGUCUCCAGAAACAGUUUUUAUGCUUCAUGAAGAGAAAAACUGUCUAAAACAAUUUCAGCUGGUUGAAAAUGAGGUCAACAUUUAUGUCUUCAAAGUUUUGCUAAAUUAAGUCCAAAUCCAGGUAAUAAAGUCUAAAACCAUCAAACCUUUACCUCAUAAAACCAAGUUCAAAACGGACCAGAACCACGACGCAAAAUAACACAUAAAACAAGAACUAAACUUCAGAACAGAAUGAAGCAAACAUGACGAGUUUGAUUUAGUCCUGAGGCAAAUCAGGCCAUAACCAAACACCUCAGACUAAAAUGGGUCAAAAACCGUCCAGAAUGAACCGAUAAACCGGACCAGAACCGGUCCAACUGGACCAGAACCGGUCCAGGACUAACCGGGUCAGACUGGGUCUAAAGUUCUUCUGACAGAAACCUAAACGGUCUCCUUCACUGAGUCAAGAAAGAAAACCUGGUCAGAGUCGACAGGCUGUUCUCCUUUAAGGUUUCCAUGGCAACCCGUGGCAUUCAGCCUGAUAACACCAAGGCCACCCGAUGAAGGAAAACACACACACACACACACACACACACACACACACACACACACACACACACACACACACUCAGUCACGGUCAAACAUCUGUCAUAACAACACGCAGGCGUGACCUCUGACCUCUCCAAGGUUCCUCCCUGGCUGGUUAAAGUCAGGGUUCUUCGUCGCCUCCUCAUUCUCCUCUUCCUCGCUGCAGCCAUGCUCUCCGCUCUGCUGGCCUCUGCCCCCCCCCCCCUCAUCCUCUUCCUCCUCUUCAUCGUGGUUCUGCUGGUUCUGUUCUCCCGUCGGUCAGGUCAGGAAGCUAAACGUCAGAACUCACCCGGCCCGGUGCGGGGCCCCGGCCCGGUCCAGGAGCCCGUCCCCUGCCUGCCUCGCCUCCCGGUCCUGGGCAGCCUCCCCUGGCUGGGCGGAGGCCUUCCUCCUCACCUGCUCUUCACCCAGCUGACCUACAGGUAUGGACCUCUGUUUGCGCUCUACCUCGGCCCUCACUACACCCUGGUGGUGAACAACCAUCAACACGCCAGAGAGGUGCUGCUGCAGAGGGGCAAGGACUUCGCUGGACGUCCCGACAUGGUCACCACCAACCUGCUGACCCGGGGAGGAAAAGACAUCGCCUUCUCAGACUACUCUCCUCUGUGGAGGUUUCACCGCCGCCUCGUCCACAACUCCUUCACCCUGUUUGGAGAGGGAACCAGCCGGCUGCAGGACAUCGUUUUGUCCGCGGUGGACGGUCUCUGCGUGGAGCUGCUGUCCCACGGGUCGCGGGGCUUCGACCCGUCUGCCGCCAUCACCAGGGCCGUCACCAACGUGGUCUGCACCCUGGUGUUCAGCAGCUCCUACGGCCCCGGAGACCGCGAGCUGCAGGAGGUGAUCAGCUACAACAACGGCAUCGUGGAGACGAUCGCCAGGGGCGGGCUGGUGGACAUCUACCCCUGGAUGAAGGUGUUUCCUAACAGGUCUCUCAGUAAACUGAAGGAGUGCAUCACCGUGAGGGACCGACUGCUGACCCGGAAACUGGAGGAGCACAAGGCGGCACUGGGUGACGGUGACCCCCGUGACCUCCUGGAGGCCCUGCUGAAGGGCCAGACGGGCAGUGGGCGGGGUCAGAGGUCACAUGGGUCAACAGAAGAGGGGAUAACAGACGACCACGUCCUGAUGACAGCAGCGGAGGCGUUUGGAGCCGGUGUGGAGACGACGUCCACCACUCUGCUGUGGAUCCUGGCCUACCUGCUGCACCACCCUGAGGUCCAGGAGCGCGUGCAGAGGGAGCUGGAUGAGAACGUGGGCGGUGAUCGUGCGGUGAGCGUGUCGGACCGCGGCCGGCUGCCCUACCUGGACUGCGUCAUCAACGAGGGCAUGAGGAUCCGACCGGUCAGCCCGGUUCUGAUCCCGCACACCGCCAUGACCGACAGCAGCAUUGGCGGUCACGCUGUGCGCCGCGGGACUCGGGUUUUGGUCAACAUGUGGUCGAUUCACCACGACCCCCGGUUCUGGGACAAGCCGGACCUGUUCAACCCAGAUCGUUUCCUUGACGACAAAGGUCAGCGCGCCACACCCACCUGCUUCCUGCCAUUUGGGGCGGGACCUCGGGUCUGCGUCGGCGAAUCGCUGGCCAGGCUGGAGCUUUUCCUCUUCCUGUCCUCUCUGCUCCAGCGAAUGAGCUUCAGGCUGCCAGACGGGGUUUCCCCACCCAACUUGCAGGGGCGUCUGGGUGUGGUCUUACAGCCGCUGCCUUAUAAGGCGGCAGUCAGUCCCCGCCCAGGUUGGGAGGGCGGGGCUAAAUGAAAGGAGGCGGAGCUUACCGCCAAGAAAAUAAAACUACUUUCUAGUUACCCUUUUCUGAAUGAAUGAAAAAUAAAUAUUA